AUGACUGACGUGCCCAAACUAAAAAUACACCUAAAAAUACACACAGGAGAGAAGCCCUACUCCUGCUCUGGCUGUGGAAAAUGCUUCAAAACAUCAACUCAGCUAAAAGUUCAUAAGAGAACACACACAGGAGAGAAGCCUUUUUCCUGCCCUGACUGUGGAACUCGGUUCUCUAAACUUGACCACUUAAAAUCACAUGAACGUAUACAUACAGGGGAGAAGCCAUACUCCUGCUCUGACUGUGUAAAAUAUUUCAGAACAUCAACUCAGCUAAAAGUUCAUCAGAGAACACACACAGGAGAGAAGCCUUACUCCUGCUCUGACUGUGGAAAAUGCUUCACAACGUCAACUGAUCUAAAAGUUCAUCAGAGAACACACACAGGAGAGAAGCCUUAUUCCUGCCCUGACUGUGGAACUAGGUUCUAUAAACUUGACCACUUAAAAUCACAUGAACGUAUACAUACAGGGGAGAAGCCAUACUCCUGCUCUGACUGUGGAAAAUGCUUCAAAACAUCAAAGGAGCUAAAAGUUCAUCAGAGAACACACACAGGAGAGAAGCCUUAUUCCUGCUCAUACUGUGGAAAAUGUUUAAAAACAUCAAAUGAGCUAAAAGUUCAUCAGAGAACACACACAGGAGAGAAGCCUUUCUUCUGCCCUGACUGUGGAACUAGUUUCUCUCAACUUUCCUACUUAAAAUCACAUGAACGUAUACAUACAGGGGAGAAGGCAUACUCCUGCUCUGACUGUGGAAAAUGUUAUAAAACAGCAACUGAGCUAAAACUUCACCAGAGAACACACACAGGAGAGAAGCCUUACUUCUGCUCUGACUGUGGAAGUAGUUUCUCUCAUCUUUCCAACUUAAAUAGACAUGAACGUAUACACACAGGAGAGAAGCCUUACUUUUGCUCUGACUGUGUAAAAUGCUUCAAAACAUCAACUCAGCUAAAAGUUCAUCAGAGAACACACACAGGAGAGAAGCCUUUCUUCUGCCCUGACUGUGGAACUAGUUUCUCUCACCUUUCCUACUUAAAAUCACAUGAACGUAUACAUACAGGGGAGAAGGCAUACUCCUGCCCUGACUGUGGAAAAUGUUAUAAAACAGCAACUGAGCUAAAACUUCACCAGAGAACACACACAGGAGAGAAGCCUUACUUCUGCUCUGACUGUGGAACUAGUUUCUCUCAACUUUCCAACUUAAAAAGACAUGAACGUAUACACACAGGAGAGAAGCCUUACUUCUGCUCUGACUGCGUAAAAUGCUUCAAAACAUCAACUCAGCUAAAAGUUCAUAAGAGAACACACACAGGGGAGAAAAAAAGUUCAUCAGAGAACACAGGCAUGAGAGAAGCCUGCUUACGUCUGCUCUGACUUUUGGGUGAGUUUCUCUCACCAUAGCAACUUAACACACCAAUGUUUAGACACGGGAGAAGCCUUACUCCUGCUCUGUGGAGGGGUGAGCGUGUAAGUCAAACGUCUAGCCAAAGGCUGCGUGUUUGAAUCUCAUCAAGGAGGACUUUAGCAAUUUAGCUAAUUAGCAACUUUGCAACUUCUUACUAUUUUUUAGCUAUGUUAGCAUGUUAGCUUAGC